AUGCCAAAAAUUUCGGCAGCCAUUUUAAUUUGGCUGGCCGUCGUCAUCGCACCGCUCAGGUCUGAGGACCUUUUUUCGUGCCCACAUGGUUGGGAACUCAGAGGCUUAAAUUGUUACAAAUAUUUUUCAAUUAAACAUUCAUGGGAAAAAGCAGCCGAAUUAUGUAGAAGAUACGGAUCGGAACUCGUUGCCAUCGAUUCCUACACGGAGAACAAUCUUACCUUAUCCAUUGCUAAUACUGCCGAUCACGGAAGACGCACCUCCGAGAAAUACUGGCUCGGUCUCGCAUCUCUCGAUGACUUGCGAACCAAUACGUUAGAAUCGGCUGCGGGACAACUCGUUUCCCAGUACUCCGGAUUCUGGAGCCUGAAUCAACCGAAUCCCGAAUCGGGUGAAUGUGUCGCCGUCAAUGCCAAAGAUAGUCUUCAGUCAUGGGAAUUGGGGACUUGCGAGAGUUUGUUACCGUUCAUGUGCAAAUCCGUGGCAUGCCCACAAAAUUCGUUGCAUUGCUCCAACGGAAAAUGCGUAAAUCAGGCAUUCAAGUGCGACGGAAAUGACGAUUGUGGCGAUGGAAGUGACGAAAUCGAUUGUCCGAAUAUGUGCCAUUUCCAUAUGCAAUCUGGCGGAGAUGUUAUUGAGUCGCCUAAUUAUCCCGCGCGUUACAAUGCAUUGUCGAAAUGCAAGUGGACAUUGGAAGGGCCGCAAGGCAGUAACAUCAUCUUGCAAUUCCAAGACUUUGAAACUGAGAAAAUUUUCGAUACUGUUCAAAUUUUGGUUGGAGGACGUACAGAAGACAAGAGUGUUCCAUUAGCAACUCUCUCAGGUCGUCAAGAAAUCCAAAAUAAACCUUAUGUCACAGCCAGCAACUUCAUGAUUGUCAAAUUCGUGUCAGAUGGAAGUGUUGAACGCAAAGGUUUCCGCGCUACAUGGAAAACUGAACCACAAAACUGCGGAGGUACAUUGCGAGCAACUGCUCAAGGUCAAAUCUUGACAAGCCCAAGUUACCCACAAAAUUAUCCCGGAGGUUUGGAAUGUUUGUACAUCAUUCAAGCUCAACCAGGUCGCAUCAUCUCUUUGGAAAUCCAAGAUUUGGAAUUGAACUACGAUCGUGAUUACAUCCUCAUCCGAGACGGAGAUAAACCAAAUAGUCGUCCAAUUGCUCGUUUAACUGGAAAUGCAAGAGAUAACUCGAACGUUAUUAUCUCAACCGGCAACAAAUUGUACUUGUAUUUCAAAACAAGUCUCGGAGAUUCACGCAAAGGAUUCAACAUUCGUUACACGCAAGGUUGCAAAGCAACUAUUGUCGCACGUAAUGGUACAGUUACCUCUCCAGCUUUCGGUUUAAGCGAUUAUCCAAGCAAUCAAGAGUGCUUCUUCAACAUCAAGAAUCCCUCGGGAGGUCCAUUGUCACUUCGUUUUGACACUUUCAACGUACACAGCACAGAUCACGUUCAAAUUUACGAUGGUCCAAACACUUCUGGACUCCGUUUGCAUUCUGGCGAAGGAUUUACGGGAACAGCUAAACCCAAAAUUACGUUAACAGCUUCGUCGGGUGAGAUGUUGAUAAAAUUCCAAACUGAUGCAUUGCACAAUGCUGAAGGAUGGUCUGCCACAUUCUCCGCUGAUUGUCCUGAUCUUAAGCCUGGAAUUGGAGCAUUAGCAUCAAAUCGUGAUACAGCAUUCGAAACUACUGUUUCUUUCACAUGUCCCAUUGGACAAGAAUUUGCCACAGGAAAGAAUAAGAUUACAACUGUUUGUCAAAAGGGAGGUAAUUGGAGUAUUGAUUACAUCCCUGCUUGUCAAGAAGUUUAUUGCGGUCCUGUACCACAAAUUGAUAAUGGAUUUUCGAUCGGAUCUUCCAACGUCACAUACAAGGGAAUUGCCAUGUAUCAAUGUUACGCAGGAUUUGCUUUCCCAUCUGGAAAUGCUAUUGAGAAAAUCGCGUGUUUGAGUGAUGGAAAAUGGGAACGUCAACCAGCUUGUAUGGCUUCUCAAUGUCCCGCAUUACCUGAAGUUGCUCAUGCCAACGUUACCUUACUCAAUGGAGGAGGUCGAAGUUACGGAACAAUUAUCCGUUUUGAAUGUGAGCCUGGAUAUCAACGUACAGGACAUCCAGUUCUCAUUUGUAUGUCAAACGGAACAUGGAGCAGUGAUGUCCCAUCUUGCUCGCGCAAACGUUGUUACGAAUUCCCCGAAGUGAAAAAUGGUUUUAUCGUUGAUUCAACACGUCAAUAUUUCUUUGGCGACGAAGCUCGUGUUCAAUGUUAUAAGGGAUUCAAACUGAAUGGAACAAAUAUCAUCAAAUGUAGUUCUGAACAAACUUUCGAUAAUGUACCAACUUGUGAUGAUAUCAAUGAAUGCAGUACCUCGCAAUGCGAUUUGGCAUCUACUGAAUGUACAAACACGCCUGGAUCAUUCUACUGCAAGUGUAAGAAGGGAUUCACGGCAACGUCUGAAUGUCGUCCCAUUGGAGAUUUGGGAUUAGCGAAUGGAGGUGUUCCUGAAGAGAGCAUUACUGUUUCGAGCAAUGAAGAAGGUUACAGCAAAGGAAUGCUUCGAUUGAAUUCUGUUGGAUGGUGCGGAAACAAUGUUGAGCCUGGAAGUAAUUGGGUUCAAAUUGAUUUCAAAGCUCCAACAGUCAUUCGUGGCUUCCGUACACAAGGCGUUCAACGAUUCGAUGAUCAACUUGCUUUCGCGUCAGCAAUCCGGUUGCAAUACACCGACGAUUUGACAGAUGUCUUCAAAGAGUAUGCAAAUCCCGAUGGAACAGCUGUUGAAUUCCGCAUCUUGGAACCAUCUCUAAGUAUCUUGAAUCUCCCUGUUCCAAUUGAAGCUCGUUACUUGCGUUUGAGAAUUCAAGAUUAUAGUUAUGCUCCAUGUAUGCGUCUUGAAGUUAUGGGAUGCACACGUUUGGAUUGUGUCGAUAUCAAUGAAUGUUCGAAGAAUAACGGAGGAUGCGAUCAAAAAUGUAUCAAUUCACCUGGAAGUUAUUCAUGCGCGUGCAAUGCUGGUUACGAAUUGUUCACACAAAAUGGAACUGCUGGAUUUACCAUCAGCAAAUCAGAGACGGGAACUCAUGAUGGCGAUCUCUAUCAAAAGAAUAAGACUUGUGUACCUGUUAUGUGUUCGCCAUUAACUGCUCCUGAAAACGGAAAAUUGCUAACAAGCAAGACUCAACAUCACUUCGGUGAUUUGGUGAACUUCCAAUGUGACUUUGGAUAUGUUAUGUCAGGAUCUGCUUCGUUAUUGUGUCUUUCCAGCGGACAAUGGAAUGCAACAGUACCCGAAUGCAUGUAUGCUCAAUGCGUAUCUCUUCCCGACGAUAAAGCUAAAGGCCUUUCUGUACUCCGUGCUGAUCAAGAAAGUGUUCUCGUACCAUUCAGAGAUAAUGUUACGCUGAAUUGCGACAUGCCAGGAAGGUUAUUGCGCGGAACUGCCUCUUCAAGUUUCCGUCAAUGUGUGUAUGAUCCUCAACCUGGAUUACCCGAUUAUUGGUUAAGUGGACGAACACCUUCAUGCCCUCGUAUCGAUUGCGGUUUGCCAAUUCCAACGCCAGGCGCUGAAUACGGACACUAUGUUGAUACCAAAUAUCAGAGCUCAUUCUUCUUUGGAUGUCAAAAAACUUUCCGUCUCGCAGGACAAACAAGCAGACACGAUAACGUCGUUCGUUGUCAAGCUGAUGGAACAUGGGACUUUGGAGAUUUGCGUUGUGAAGGUCCCGUUUGCGAAGAUCCUGGACGUCCUGCUGAUGGUUUCCAAACCGCUCGUAGCUAUGAACAAUCAUCUGAAGUGCAAUUUGGAUGUUCUCGUCCUGGAUACAUUUUGAUCAAUCCUCGUCCUAUUACGUGUAUUCGUGAACCUGAAUGCAAAGUCAUCAAACCUUUAGGCUUGGCAAGUGGAAAGAUUCCCAAUAGUGCGAUUAAUGCAACAUCUGAACGCCCCAACUACGAAGCACGUAACAUUCGAUUGAAUUCCGUUACUGGAUGGUGCGGCAAACAAGAAGCUUUCACCUACGUUAGUGUCGACAUGCAAAAAGUACAUCGUGUCAAGGCAAUUCUCGUAAAGGGUGUUGUCACAAACGAUAUUGUUGGUCGCCCAACGGAGAUUCGUUUCUUCUACAAAGAAAAAGAAAGUGACAAUUACGUCGUUUACUUCCCCAAUUUCAAUCUUACGAUGCGUGAUCCUGGCAACUACGGAGAACUCGCAAUGAUCACUCUGCCCAAAUUCGUGAAAGCUCGUUUCGUUAUUCUCGGUAUCGUCAGUUACAUGGAUAACGCUUGCUUGAAAUUCGAGCUCAUGGGAUGUGAUGAACCUGAUACUGAACCACUUCUCGGUUACGAUUACGGAUAUUCGCCAUGUGUUGACAACGAACCGCCUGUCUUCCAAAAUUGCCCGUCACAACCAAUCGUUGUUCGUCGUGAUGAAAAUGGAGGAGUUCUUCCCGUUAACUUUACUGAACCAACAGCCAUCGAUAAUUCUGGAUCAAUUGCUCGUUUGGAAAUUAAGCCACAAAGCUUCAAAACUCCAUUACAUGUCUUCGAAGAUACUGUCGUGAAAUACGUUGCUUUCGAUUAUGACGGAAAUGUUGCCAUUUGCGAGAUCAAUAUCACAGUUCCCGAUGUUACUCCGCCAUUGUUGAGUUGCCCACAAAGUUUCGUCUUCGAAUUGAGUGACAAGCAAGAUAGUUAUUUGGUGAACUUUAAUGACACUCGCAAACGUAUCAAGACUCAUGAUGAAUCCGGCGAUGUUCGUAUCACAUUUGUGCCUGAACGUGCAACUAUUCCAAUUGGAGGAUUUGAGAAUGUAACGGUUAUCGCUUCAGAUAAAUUCAAUAACAAAGCUUCGUGUCAUUUCCAAGUUUCCGUUCAAGCAACUCCUUGUACAAAUUGGGAAUUGCAACCCCCUGCAAAUGGAGUUAUCAAUUGUGUGCCCGGGGAACGCGGCGUUGAAUGUAUUGCUACUUGUAAGCAAGGAUUCCGUUUCACGGAUGGCGAUCCAAUAAAAACAUUCUCCUGCGAAACGAAGAAAUUGUGGAGACCAACAGCCGUUGUUCCAGAUUGUGUCUCAGAAAAUACUCAACAAGCUGAUUACCAUAUUACAGCAAGCAUUCAAUAUCGCGCCAAUGGAGUUGUUGCUCAAUCUUGUCUCACACAAUACGUCGACUUGCUACGUCAAUACUAUCCAACAUUAAACAACGUUUUGAGUCAGAGAUGCUCUGCUGUUAAUGUUGCCAUGAAUGUUUCGAUUAUUGGUGAUGCAGCAAAAUUAACUGACGAGAAUUUCGUUAAAGUUGACUAUACUUUAGUUGUUAUUCCUGUCGUUCGUCAACCACAAUUGUAUGAUUUGUGCGGUUCAACGAUGAAUCUCGUCUUCGAUUUGAGCGUUCCAUAUGCUUCAGCCGUUAUUGAGCCCUUGUUGAAUGUAUCUGCCAUCGGAAAUCAAUGUCCUCCAUUGCGUGCCUUGAAGAGCUCAAUUUCCCGUGGAUUCCGUUGCUCGAUGGGAGAAGUUUUGAACAUGGAUACUUCUGAUGUGCCUCGUUGCUUGCAUUGUCCCGCCGGAACAUUUGCUGGAGAAAAUCAAAACACUUGUACAUACUGCCCACGUGGUUUCUACCAAAACCGCGAUCGUCAAGGAAGUUGCAUUCGUUGUCCUUUGGGAACUUAUACACGUGAAGAGGGAUCAAAGAGCAUCAAUUCAUGUAUUCCUGUUUGCGGUUAUGGCACAUACUCUCCAACAGGUUUAGUACCUUGUUUAGAAUGUCCUCGCAACUCGUAUUCAGCUGAACCCCCAACUGGCGGAUUCAAGGAUUGUCAAGCUUGCCCUGCGGGAACUUAUACAUUCCAACCUGCUGCUCCGGGACGUGAUCGUUGUCGUCAAAAAUGCGCCGCUGGUACAUACUCUUCGACAGGUUUAGCUCCAUGCUCGCCAUGCCCUGCUAAUUUCUAUCAAAACAUGCCUGGAAGCACAAGUUGCAUGGAAUGCCCGACAAAUAUGCAAACUGAUGGUCCGGGAGCAACUGCACGAGAAGAAUGCAGGCCUGUACAAUGCACAGAAGGCUCUUGCCAACACGGAGGUUUAUGUGUACCAAUGGGACAUGGCGUUCAAUGUUUCUGCCCCGCUGGAUUCUCAGGUCGUCGUUGCGAAAUCGACAUUGAUGAAUGCGCUUCACAACCAUGUUAUAACGGAGCAACGUGUACCGACAUGCCUCAAGGAUAUCGUUGUACUUGCCCUCCGGGAUAUUCGGGUGUCAAUUGUCAAGAAGAAGUUUCCGACUGCCGUAACGAUACUUGUCCUGCUCGAGCAAUGUGCAAAAAUGAGCCUGGCAUGAACAAUUUCACGUGUUUGUGUCGCAGCGGAUACACAGGAAAAGAUUGUGAUGUCACAAUUGAUCCUUGCACAGCGAAUGGCAAUCCUUGUAUGAAUGGCGCUUCGUGUACGGCUCUCCAACAAGGUCGUUUCAAAUGCGAAUGCUUACCUGGAUGGGAAGGACAACUUUGUAACAUUAAUAUCGAUGAUUGUGCCGAGAAACCGUGUCUCUUGAACGCCAACUGCACAGAUUUAGUUAACGACUUUAGUUGUAGUUGCCCGCCAGGCUUCACGGGAAAACGUUGCCACGAAAAAAUAGAUCUUUGCUUGUCGGAGCCUUGCAAACACGGAACUUGCGUCGAUAGAUUGUUCGCUCACGAAUGUGUUUGCCAUCCAGGAUGGACAGGACCUGCAUGCGAUGUCAAUAUGAACGAUUGCGCAUCCGACCCAUGCGAAAAUGGAAUGUGCGUUGAUUUAGUCGAUGGAUAUGAGUGCAAAUGUGAUCCUGGAUUCACCGGAAAGAAUUGCCAACACAUGAUUGACGAUUGCGAGUCAGAGCCUUGCAUGAAUGGCGCGACAUGUGUUGAUAAGAUCGACGGUUAUACCUGUAAAUGUCGUCCUGGAUUCGUUGGAUUACAAUGCGAAGCUGAAAUUGACGAAUGUCUCUUGGAUCCUUGCAAUCCUGCGGGAACGGAACGUUGUCUCGACUUGGAUAACAAAUUCGCGUGCGUUUGUCGCGAAGGAUAUACCGGAGCAAUGUGCGAAACUGACAUUGAUGAUUGCGAAGCAGCUCCAUGUUUGAACGGAGGUAUUUGUCGCGAUCGUGUCGGAUCGUUUGAAUGCUCGUGCCCCGAUGGAUGGUCCGGAAAACGUUGCGAACAAGAGAUUGAAAUGUGUUCCUUGCAAAAACCAUGCCAAAAUGAUGCCGCUUGUAUCGAUUUGUUCCAAGAUUACUUCUGUGUCUGCCCAAGCGGAACAGAUGGCAAGAAUUGCGAAACUGCGCCUGAACGUUGUAUCGGUAAUCCAUGCAUGCACGGAGGAAAAUGCCGCGAUUUCGGAUCAGGACUCAAUUGUUCGUGCCCCGUUGAUUUCGCCGGUAUUGGAUGUCAAUAUGAAUUUGAUGCUUGCGAAGCGGGCGUUUGUCAAAAUGGAGCUCAAUGUAUCGACAACGGUGCUGGUUAUACUUGCGUUUGUCCUCCCGGCUUCACCGGAAAGAAUUGCGAAGAAGAUAUUGUCGAUUGUCGUGACAAUUCCUGCCCACCAGGAGCAUCAUGCGUUGAUUUAACCGGAGGAUUCUACUGUCAAUGUCCCUUCAACUUGACUGGCGACGAUUGUCGCAAAACUAUUCAAGUUGAUUACGAUUUGUACUUUAGUGAUGCUUCACGAUCAACUGCUGCCCAAGUUGUUCCCUUCUUCACUGGCAACGCUGAUAGCUUGACUGUCGCUUUGUGGGUACAAUUUGCUCAAAAAGACGAUACCGGUAUCUUCCUCAGUAUGUAUCAAGUUGAUUCGCCUCACGUGCCCACAAAUCGUCGUUUGAUGUUGCAAGCUCAUUCAAGCGGAAUUCAAGUUUCGCUUUUCCCCGAAUUGCAAGACGCCUUUUUGGCAUUCCGCGAAUACACAACGAUCAAUGAUGGGCAAUGGCAUCACGUUGCUGUCGUUUGGGAUGGAAAACUCGGACAAUUGUUGCUCAUCACGGAAGGAUUGAUUGCCAGCAAAGCCGAAUAUGGUGGCGGAAAAACAUUACCAUCGUAUGCAUGGACUGUUCUCGGAAGACCUCAACCGGAUCAAGAAACGCCUUCAACGGGAAUGUCCUAUACUGAAGCUGGAUUCCAAGGUCGCAUUACAAAGGCUCAAGUUUGGGGACGUGCUCUCGAUACAACGAACGAGCUACAGAAACAAGUACGUGAUUGUCGUAGCGAACCCGUUUUGUAUCGCGGUUUGAUCUUGAAUUGGGCCGGAUAUGAGAUCACAAGCGGAGGCGUUGAACGUAGCGUUCCAUCGCAAUGCGGAAGUCGUAAAUGUCCCUCGGGAUAUUCGGGAUCGCAAUGCCAAACGUUGGAUGUUGACAAGGAAGCUCCCAAAGUUGAACAUUGUCCCGGAGAUUUGUGGGUUAUUGCUCGCAACGGAUCUGCGGUUGUCAAUUGGGAUGAACCUCAUUUCAGCGAUAACAUUGCCGUCACGAAAAUUGUCGAACGAAAUGGACAUCGCCCGGGACAAACCUUACUUUGGGGUACCUACGAUAUUACAUACAUUGCUUCCGACGCUGCUGGAAACAGUGCUACAUGUUCCUUCAAGGUAUCAUUGCUGUCUGAAUUCUGUCCUCCUCUUGCUGAUCCGCUCGGCGGAACACAAACGUGCAAAGAUUGGGGUGCAGGCGGUCAAUUUAAGGUCUGUGAAAUUGCUUGCAACUCUGGUUUGAAAUUCAGCGAGGAAGUUCCCGAAUUCUAUACUUGUGGUGCCGAGGGUUUCUGGCGUCCUAAUCCUGAUCCAACAAAGCCACUUAUCUAUCCAUCAUGCUCACCUGCUCGUCCCGCUCAACGUGUCUUCCGUAUCCAAAUGCUGUUCCCAUCUGACGUACUUUGCAACGAAGCCGGUCAAACUGUUCUCCGUCAAAAGGUUCGCAAUGCUGUCAACUCUCUCAAUCGCGAUUGGAACUUCUGCUCCAACUCCGUCGAUGGAUCACGCGAAUGCAAGGAACUCAACAUCAACGUCAAGUGCGAUCAUUAUCGUGGAGGCAACGCAAAUAACCGUGUCAAACGUCAAGCAUUACCUGAAAAGGAAGAAGGAGGCACCUAUGUCUUGGAUGCUGUAAUUCCAGUCGAAAAACAAAUUGAGUCGGAAGACAAUCGUAAAGGAAGACAACAAAAUGGCGACACUUAUACAUUGGAAAUUUCAUUCCCCGCCGUAAAUGAUCCAAUUCUUCAUUCGUCAUCUGGAGAACGCGCCGAUAUUCGCGCCCUUUUGCAAAAAUUGAUUUUGGAAGAUGAUCAAUUCGCUGUUCAAGAUAUCUUACCGAAUACCGUUCCUGAUCCAGCUUCUCUUGUUUUGACUUCGGAAUAUGCUUGUCCCGUUGGUCAAGUUGUUCAAGUGCCCGAUUGUGUUCCAUGCGCUGUUGGUACCUUCUAUUCACAAGAAAAUAAGACUUGCACUCCAUGCCCUCAAGGAACUUAUCAAUCGGAAACUGGUCAAUUGCAAUGCACAAAAUGUCCAAAUAUUGCAGGACGUCCCGGAGUAACAGCAGGAACGGGAGCUCGAUCAGCUGCGGAUUGUAAAGAACGUUGUCCCGCUGGCAAAUUCCUCGAUCCCGAAAACGGUUUGUGUCGCCCAUGCGGUUACGGAUUCUUCCAACCCAAAGAAGGUUCAUUCUCGUGCGAACUUUGCGGCUUGGGACAAACUACACGUUCAGCUGAGGCCAAAUCUCGCAGUGAGUGUCGCGACGAAUGUUUAUCUGGCAUGCAAUUGGGAGCCGAUGCCAAAUGCGAGCCAUGCCCACGCGGAACCUAUCGUGCGCAAGGCGUUCAACCCGCCUGUCAAGCAUGUCCUUUGGGACGAACCACACCCAAAGUUGGCGCUUCCGCUAUCGAAGAAUGCUCAUUGCCGGUUUGCAGUGCAGGAACUUACCUCAAUGGCACCAUGAACAUUUGCGUCGAAUGCAAAAAAGGCUUCUAUCAACCGGAACAACAACAAACAAGUUGCAUCCCAUGCCCGCCAAAUCACAGCACAAAAACGACAGCGGCAACGAGCAAAGCUGAAUGCACAAAUCCAUGUGAGACAGUUGCCGAGGGACAACCGCAUUGCGACCCGAAUGCUUAUUGCAUCUUGGUACCCGAAACAAGUGACUUCAAAUGCGAAUGUAAACCCGGAUUUAAUGGCACAGGCAUGGCUUGUACUGACGUGUGUGACGGUUUCUGCGAAAAUUCCGGACAAUGCGUGAAAGAUUUGAAGGGAACGCCAUCGUGUCGUUGCAAGGGAUCAUUUACGGGACCAAAAUGCGCUGAACGAUCGGAAUUCGCUUACAUUGCGGGAGGAAUUGCAGCUGCCGUUAUCUUCAUUAUCUUGAUUGUGUUGCUUGUGUGGAUGAUUUGCGCACGUGCGGGACGCAGAAAGGACCCCAAGAAGAUGUUGACGCCAGCAAUCGAUCAAACGGGAUCACAAGUGAACUUCUAUUAUGGCGCUCACACACCAUAUGCCGAAAGUAUAGCGCCAUCACACCACAGCACGUAUGCCCAUUAUUACGAUGACGAGGAAGACGGAUGGGAAAUGCCCAAUUUCUACAAUGAGACUUACAUGAAAGAUGGUCUCCAACCAGGCAAAUUGAACUCAUUAGCCCGAUCCAAUGCUUCUUUGUACGGCACAAAGGACGACUUAUACGAUAGACUGAAACGACACGCUUAUACCGGAAAGAAAGAAAAAAGUGACAGCGAUAGCGAAGGACAAUAA